AUGGCAGUAGCUAGUGCUGAUGAGCUUACAUCACCUUUUCUGACAAGGAUGCUUGGAAAAAUGCAAGUUUUGGGCACAAAUCUUAAAUGCACGAAGCAACCAAAUGGGAAAUUCCUCUACGAAUAUUCAAUUGAAGUGCACCCUGAAGAGGAGGAUGAAGAUCUGGCAAGUAUCCUACGUCCCAACGUUGCUAGUACAGCAGCAAAGUCUACUAGUGGCUCAACGUAUGGCACUUCAUCCUACGAAACAAGAACCGGUGACCAGACGAAUUCCAUAAAUCGAAGCUAUCAUUCGGAGGUGAACUGCGUCUAUAUGGUCACCGUCCGUUUCGUGCUCUUUCAUCGUAAUAUCAAUGGGAAGGCACAAUCGACAACAAUAGCUGAGUUCUUGUCGCAUGUGACUGUUCGUAGUGUAAUCGAAUAUUUUCGCACUGAGACGUCUUGUGAUCACCAUGGAGUGUUCGUUCCUCGACUCGCGUAUGCAAUCGGACAUGGUUAUGAUAAAACAUAUCCUCUUACCAACGAUGACCUGGACAAAUCAUUGGCAGACCUGAUGGUAGAUAGAAAUGAAGCGAACACACUUUCGAUUAUUGCUGACAUUUGUUAG